AUGUCUAGUUUCGAUGAAAGAAAGCUAAAUCACUCUGCUACUAUUGGUACAAAGAACACUUCAAGUUCUGAUGACAACAUUCAAGAUCUCGAUGCUUAUAGGCAAACAAUUCAAACAACUGAGAAAUACUUCAGAACUUCUAUAAAUGAAGGUUUAACUGAACAGACCGCUGAGGCGCUAUUGAAAGAACAUGGUGAAAAUACUUUAGGAGAUGAUCAAAAGAUCAGUUUACCAAAAAUCAUUAUACAUCAAUCAUGUAAUGCCAUGAUUUUAGUCUUGAUCAUUUCAAUGGCUAUUACUUUAGGUAUUAAAGAUUGGAUCUCUGGUGGUGUCAUUGCAUUUGUCGUUGGUAUUAAUGUUGGUAUUGGCUCGCUACAAGAUUUUAAAGCUUCCAAGACUAUGAAUUCUUUAAAAUCUUUAUCUUCUCCAACUGCUAGAGUGUUGAGAAAUGGUGAAUUGAAAACUGUUCCAACUAAAUACGUUGUUCCUGGUGAUAUUGUUUCCGUCAAAGUUGGUGAUACUAUUCCAGCUGAUUUGAGAAUUGUUGAUUGUUUAAACUUUGAAACUGAUGAAGCGCUAUUGACUGGUGAAUCAUUACCAGUUGCUAAAGAAUACGAAGCUGUUUAUGAAGAUAUCAUUGGUGUUGGUGACCGUUUAAAUAUGGCCUAUUCAUCAUCUGUUGUUACUAAAGGUCGUGCUACUGGUAUUGCUGUCAAGACUGGUUUACAUACUGAAAUUGGUGAAAUUGCUCAAUCAUUGAAAAGUCAAAAGAAAAAACUAAACACUGACGAUGAUACUUCAUUCUUUAAAAAUGUUUUGCUUUUGAUUAAAGAUGGUAUCGGCUCCUUUUUAGGUACUACUGUUGGUACUCCAUUGAGUAGAAAAUUGUCCAAGUUGGCUAUCAUGUUGUUUUUCGUCGCUGUUGUGUUUGCAAUCAUUGUUAUGGCUACUCAAAAAUUCAAGGUUUCAAGUGAAGUUGCAAUUUAUGCUAUUUGUGUUGCUGUCUCUAUGAUUCCAUCCUCUUUAGUUGUUGUUUUAACAAUCACAAUGUCUGUGGGUGCAAAAAUUAUGGUUAAAAGACAUGUCAUUAUUAGAAAAUUGGAUUCUUUAGAAGCUUUAGGUUCAAUCAAUGAUAUUUGCUCAGAUAAAACUGGUACUUUAACUCAAGGUAAAAUGCUUGUUAAAGCUGUUUGGGUUCCAUCAGGUGGUACUUAUAAUAUGAUUGAUACUAAUGAUCCAUUAGAUCCAACUGUUGGUACAAUGAAAUAUCAUACUAAAUCUCCAUUAGAAGCUUCUCAAGAGGAAAAAUCAAAUGAUGAUGUUGAAGUUGAUUCUGAAAAUGAAUAUUUCCAAAAAUGGUUAUUAUGUUCCACUUUAGCUAAUAUUGCAACUGUUUUCAAAGAUGAACAUGGUGAUUGGAAAGCUCAUGGUGAUCCAACUGAAAUUGCUAUUCAAGUGUUUGCCCAUCGUAAUAACGUUCCAAGAACUUCUUUGACUAAAGGUGAUGAUCCAAAAUAUGUUCAUUUGAAUGAAUUCCCAUUUGAUUCUUCUAUUAAGAAAAUGAGUGCUAUCUAUUCUGAAUCUGGUAAUGAAAAGGAAAACUUGGUGUUCACUAAAGGUGCUGUUGAAAGAGUUUUAACUUCUUGUAAAGAUUGGUAUGUUGAUGGUAAAUUGCAACAAUUGACUGCUGAAGAUCAUGAAGUUAUUGAAAAGAAUAUGAAUACAUUAUCUGGUGAUGGUUUAAGAGUUUUAGCAUUUGCAACAAAGACUAUUCCAAAAGAUCAUGAUAUUAAAACUCGUGAAACUAUUGAAUCUGAUUUAACAUUUUUGGGUUUGGUUGGUAUUUAUGAUCCUCCAAGAUUAGAAUCUUUAGGUGCUGUUAAAAAAUGUCACAAGGCUGGUAUUAAUGUCCAUAUGUUGACUGGUGAUCAUCCAGGUACUGCUAGAACCAUUGCACAAGAAGUUGGUAUCUUACCUCAUAAUUUAUAUCACUAUGCUCAAGAUGUUGUUGACAGUAUGGUUAUGACUGCUCAACAAUUUGAUGAUUUAACUGAUGCACAAAUUGAUCAAUUACCUGUUUUGCCAUUAGUUAUUGCCCGUUGUUCUCCAAAGACUAAAGUUCGUAUGAUUGAUGCCCUACAUCGUCGUAAGAAGUUUUGUGCAAUGACUGGUGAUGGUGUUAAUGAUUCUCCAAGUUUGAAAAAAGCUGAUGUUGGUAUUGCCAUGGGUAUUGCAGGUUCAGAUGUUGCUAAAGAUGCAAGUGAUAUUGUUUUAAGUGAUGAUAAUUUUGCUUCUAUUAUUAACGGUAUUGAAGAAGGUAGAAGAAUGAAUGAUAAUAUUCAAAAAUUCGUCUUACAAUUAUUGGCUGAAAAUGUUGCACAAGCUUUAUAUUUGAUGAUUGGUUUAGUCUUUAAAGAUGAAAAUGGAUUAUCAGUUUUCCCAUUAUCUCCUGUUGAAGUCUUAUGGAUUAUUGUUGUUACUUCAUGUUUCCCAGCUAUGGGUUUGGGUGUUGAAAAAGCUCAACCAGAUAUCAUGCAAAAAGAUCCAAAACCUUCAAAAGAAUCGGUCUUUUCAUGGGAAAUGCUUGUUGAUUUAUUCGUCUAUGGUGUUUGGAUGGCUAUUUGUUGUUUGUGCUGUUUUAUCAUUUGUAUCUAUUAUAAAGGUGAUGGUGAAUUGGGUAUUGAUUGUAACAGUAAAUAUAGUGACAGUUGUUAUUAUGUUUUCAGAUCAAGAUCAGCUUCAUUUGCAACUAUGACUUGGUGUGCAUUGAUUUUAGCUUGGGAAGUUAUUGAUAUGAGAAGAUCAUUAUUUGCUAUGCAACCAGAAACUGAAACACCAUAUACUCAAGUUUUCAAAGAUUUAUGGGGGAACCAAUUUUUGUUUUGGUCAGUUAUUGGUGGUUUCCUUUCAGCAUUCCCAGUUGUUUAUAUCCCAGUCAUUAAUAAGAAAGUUUUCUUGCAUGGUCCAAUUGCUGAAGAAUGGGGUAUUGCAUUUGCUUUAACUGUUGCAUUUUGGAUUGGUUGUGAAGUUUAUAAAGUUUUCAAGAAACAAAUUGUUCAUAAUCCAGAACAUGAUUUGGAAAAGAAGAAUCCAUUUGAAAAAUACACCAGUUUUUCAAGAGCUGCAACUAUGCAAGUUUAA